AUGCCCUGUGUUACCAAAUGCGAGCCCAUGGACACAGCCUCACCCACUAUAGAGACUACUAGCAGUGAAACCCCCCCGACUGUAGAUUCGGACACAAAGCGCCAAACGACGCAGAACAGCAAUGCGGAUCGCAAGCCAACGCCUCCACUGCUAUAUCCAGACAUUCGACUCCCACUGGAGAUGAAACUCAUGUCGCAGCCAAACCGAGGCUCUGUUGAAAAACCUGCAUUACGCGCUACCUGCGAUAUCUCAGUGGGCCACAUUUGGGGACCCUAUCGGAUUGCUCAACUGUUUCGAAGUACAAGUCCGCCCAGCGAAAGCAAUCCAGUUUCAGCUCAUAGACAGAUCACCGUUCUAAGUGGAGAUGCCUGUGAUCUGGUAGUUCGGGUGAACGAGGAGAACGCUUGGAUCAAGCUAGUUCAAGAGCCAGCCGUAACUGACGCCUCAAAUGUGGAAAUCAUUUUUGAAAUUGUACCCGAGACAAUCAGUGUGGUCUCACUCACCAACAUCGCAUCGGGCAGCCAAAUCCGGGGCGCAAUUAAACUGGUUCCUCCUAAUUCAUCUGGAGCCUCAAGAAGUGGAUCUCCCUCACCACCAGCAGUCAAUUCGAGUUGUACCGGACCUUCAUCAGGCGCAGCCGCGGCAACAACCACAGGUGGUCCAAAAAGGGACAAGAAAUGCCUCUACUGUGGUAUCUUCUUCUCCAGUUUGGACACCCUCACCGCCCACAUGACCAAUUAUUGUUCACGACGACCUCGCCUUGCUACACCACCCAGUGGACCGUGCACAAGCAGUAGCAGCAACAGUGGAGGUGUCGGGGUCGCCUCUUCAACUCCUGACAAGGGUACCGCUAGUGCUGCUGACCCCGGUGACCCAGGAGUGAGUGAACCUAUGACCUCGCAGGCUUCAGCUUUCUCCUGGCCAAGCAGAACCACGCCAGGAAAGCGUUUGAAUGGACUAGCCAACCCGCACUCCCCACACAAUACCAAUCGCUCGACUCCCUGUGCCAGUGGCGGUGGUGCCAGCACCACCGGACGCAGCGGUGUCUCCCCUCCCUGUCUUUCCCAUCCCCCUCCAGACUUAAGCAGUGUUCUCGCUGCUGCAGCUGUUGGCAACACCACUGAUCCCCUUGUCACAUUUGCCGCCACCCUCGCCUCCCUCGGUCGAUGCAGAGCCCCACCAGUCACGGCAGAACAACAAGCUCCUCAUCAACUUUACCCCUCGGCUGAGGAGAAGUCUCGUGCUCUCUACUGUCGCGGUUGUCAGCGCUUCUACUCCAACUCCAUCUUCUCCUUCCAUGUGGGCAUCAGUCGACACUUGAACAAGCUCGCGGCGGAAGGCAGUGCUGAUGUGGGUCACUUGGCGGACGCAGCAAAGCGCCUCGGUUUGGUGAUGACUGCUCCCCUAAUUACCGAUGCAGGGUUUGUUUAUGUACCAGUGCAUCCUGUUUGUGGUGGAGGUGGAAGUGGUAGUGCAAGCGGAGUGGGGAGAGGAGAAAGCGGAGGGAGUGGAGUACGAGCUCCACUCGACCUUCGAACUGCGAAAUCGACGGGAGAGGAGACAGCGACAGUGGUGGCGGCGGAAGAGACAGGACCGACACCCUCGAUAACUCAGCAGAAUGCAACAAAUAGCCUCCUUGCCACAAUUAUCUCGGGUUUGGUAAGCAAGGGCAUGGCUCCCCCAGGACCACCACCGCUCCCACCUCCGCCACCACCACCAGUUCCACCCCCAAAUUGGUGGUUUGGGGGGAAGUUUCCAGAUGCAGCAGCGUUGGAGGCAUUUUUACAAGCCAUGGCGUCAGGCCAAUCACACCAACUCACUUCAUCAGUAGAUAUUGCCAGAACUUCCACAGAAGGAUCCACUGUUGAGGUACAGAGACCCUAUCUCUGCACCAAUUGUCAAACACGCUUUCAAGCCUACACCACGUUCAAGGGUCUGACGGCUGCAGCCCUUGCACAUCAACAGUAUUACUGCCAGGGGCGUCGCAAAGGCAGUAUGGCGUCAGAAAACGCAGCCAGUUCCCACAGCAACACGACAUCAUCCACCCCACAGAGCACUAAGUCUUCGACGAGUUCGGAGCGUUCACACUCACCAAAAAGACGACGUCUGGCAGAGGUGGACAGCUGUCCAAUGACGCUGUGCAUGAAACCUGCCUCACCACUCUCACAGGGCGACAGUAGUGAGACCUCUCCCUCCUCUCGAUCUUUAAACGGUGAUUGGGAACAUGUAGGGGGAGGAAGCUCUGAGUUGCGGUGUCGCCUGUGUGGCUAUAUCGGUCAGACUACCCGUGGCAUGAAAAUGCACAAUCGCCUGCACGAGUGCACGGCCGCCUCAAACACCAAUUCCAGCAUGCGGACAAAGGCACAGAAACCGUCCAGUCCCAAAUCGCCAAGCGCCGCGACAGAGGCGAACUCAAGUCCGCCCCAAAGCUUUCCGACUCAACCACUGUGCUAA